AUGUCAACAGAUAAAACCGAAGAAAGAUCAGAAAAAGGACACGAUAGAUCAGAAGAAAGAGUAAAAGCUAGAUCGGAACCUAGAUCAGAAAAUAGAUCAGAUAAUAAGUCAGAAGAUAGAUCAGAAGAUAUAUCAGCAGAUAUACCAGAAGAAGAAAAAUCAGAAGAUAAAUCAGAAGAUAAAUCAGAAGAUAAAUCAGAAGAUAAAUCAGAAGAUAAAUCAGAAGAUAAAUCAGAAGAUAAAUCAGAAGAUAAAUCAGAAGAUAAAUCAGAAGAUAAAUCAGAAGAUAAAUCAGAAGAUAAAUCAGAAGAUAAAACAGAAGAUGAAUCAGAAGAUAGCUUAGAAGAAAAAUCAAAAGAUAGAUCUAAAGAAAGAUUAGAAAAUAGAUCAGAAGAGAAAAAAGGUCAGAAGGGAGACAAGAAGAGGGAUCAACAGAGAUAUAAGAGAGAAGAUAUAUCAGAAGAUAUAUCAGAAGAUAUAUCAGAAGAUAUAUCAGAAGAUAUAUCAGAAGAUAUAUCAGAAGAUAUAUCAGAAGAUAUAUCAGAAGAUAUAUCAGAAGAUAAAUCAGAAGAUAAAUCAGAAGAUAAAUCAGAAGAUAAAUCAGAAGAUAAAUCAGAAGAUAAAUCAGAAGAUAAAUCAGAAGAUAAAUCAAAAGAUAAAUCAGAAGAUAAAUCAGAAGAUAAAUCAGAAGAUAAAUCAGAAGAUAAAUCAGAAGAUAAAUCAGAAGAUAAAUCAGAAGAUAAAUCAGAAGAUAAAUCAGAAGAUAAAUCAGAAGAUAAAUCAGAAGAUAAAUCAGAAGAUAAAUCAGAAGAUAAAUCAGAAGAUAAAUCAGAAGAUAAAUCAGAAGAUAAAUCAGAAGAUAAAUCAGAAGAUAAAUCAGAAGAUAAAUCAGAAGAUAAAUCAGAAGAUAAAUCAGAAGAUAAAUCAGAAGAUAAAUCAGAAGAUAAAUCAGAAGAUAAAUCAGAAGAUAAAUCAGAAGAUAAAUCAGAAGAUAAAUCAGAAGAUAAAUCAGAAGAUAAAUCAGAAGAUAAAUCAGAAGAUAAAUCAGAAGAUAAAUCAGAAGAUAAAUCAGAAGAUAAAUCAGAAGAUAAAUCAGAAGAUAAAUCAGAAAAUAGAUCAGAAGAUAGAUUAGAAGAUAUAUCAGAAAAUAGAUCAGAAAAUAGAUCAAAAAAUAGAUCAAAAGAUAGAUCAAAAGAUAGAUCAAAAGAUAGAUCAAAAGAUAGAUUAAAAGAUAGAUCAAAAGAUAGAUCAAAAGAUAGAUCAAAAGAUAGAUCAAAAGAUAGAUCAAAAGAUAGAUCAAAAGAUACAUUAAAAAAUAAAUCAAAAGAUAGAUCAGAAGAGAUCAGAAAAUAG